UUAUGUUCUAUUAAUAUGGCUCACCAUUUUUCAUCAUCACCAGGGCUCAACUGAUGAACCAUACUUGAUCUGAAUCAAAGGCUGAUCUCACGUUUGGAAUUGGGAUUUGCAUUCAAAAAAUAUGGAAUUAUUCACUGGUGAAACGCCAACUCUUCUUGGAAUUAUGGGGCGUUUCAUAAGAAAACGGUUGUUUAACAUCCUAUCACAGGGUCCCAUCCCUAGUCAUAUUGCCUUCAUAUUGGAUGGAAAUCGGAGGUUUGCUAGGAAGAACAAAUUGGAAGAAGGAGAUGGCCACAAGGCUGGAUUUUUAUCUCUUCUGUCUGCACUAACUUAUUGCUAUGAGUUGGGAAUGAAGUAUGCUACUGUUUAUGCCUUCAGCAUCGAUAAUUUUCGAAGGAGGCCAAAUGAGGUUCAGUACGUAAUGGAUCUAAUGCUGGAGAAGAUUAAAAUGAUCAUGAAGGAAGAAAGUACCCUCAAUUCAUAUGGAAUUGGCGUACGUUUUAAGGGUAAUAUCAAGCUUUUAAGUGAGCCACUACAGAUUGCAGCAGAAAAGGUUAUGAAGGCUACUGCUCAUAAUUCCAGGUUUUUGCUUUACAUUUGUGUAGCCUAUACUUCUACUGAUGAGAUUGUGCAUGCUGUUGAAGAAUCCUGUAAAGAAAAUUUGAACUCCACUGAUCAGCAAGAACUGGAGAAGGCAAAUGGAACUGCAAACAGUGUGAUUCCAGCUGAGAAGAUGAAGCCAUUUUCUGAUAUAAAGCUUGUAGAGCUUGAGAGAAACUUCUAUAUUACUGAAGAUGUUGAUGUCCUAAUUCGAUCUUCUGGAGAGAAGCGUCUGAGCAACUUCUUACUUUGGCAGGCUACUCAUUGCAUACUGUAUUCUCCUACUGCACUGUGGCCUGAGAUUGGUUUCUGGCACAUAGUGCGGGCAGUAGUGGACUUCCAACGUUAUCAUUCUUAUUUCGACAAGAAAAAGAAGCAGUUGUAAUCAUUAAAUUUCUUUUUCUUCCUGCCUUAUUUUGGAAUAAACUCGGAAACUCAAGCGUGGAAUUGAUCCUUGUUUUAUAGCAAAUUCUGAGAUGUGAUUUCAUUUUAUAGGGUCCUUAAGUUGCCAUUUUGGGUGUAGGCUGAUUCUGAAGCUUUGUUGUUGUUCCCUUUGCUAGCUUACAUGGAUAAUUUAUCUCUAAGACCUACUUUGAUUAGCUAUUAUGUUGUUUGAAGCUCUGCCACUUCUCUGCUUUGGUGCCUUUAGGGGCCUGUCUGCCUCUAGUGUUUCAUUUGUUCUCAUCAUAUUCUUCUCAAGUCUCAUGCAUUGAACGCUAGAUGAUGGUUGGCAAUAGAAAAGGGAGGCAUAAUCCCUUUGGUUCGUCUGGUCUUGGUAGUUUAGGCCUGGUUCUUCUCUUAGUGUUCCCAUGCUGAUUAUGGGCUUUGUUUUUCCUUUUAGCUCUUUCUAAUAAAUCAUGGGCCUUGUGAUCCUUAUUUAUUAAUAAAUCUACCUUUAG